CUAAAUUUCGUUCUCUCUCUGUCCUUUUUCUCGAUCAUUACUGCCUCUCUCCUCUCUCUCUCUGCGCACAGGGAGGGGAGAGAAGAAAGAGAAGGAAAAUAGGAGAAGUCAAGAGAAAGAAGAAUGGUGAUGUGGGUAUUUGGGUAUGGCUCUUUGAUCUGGAAAGCUGGCUUUCAAUAUGACCAGAAGGUCGCUGGCUUCAUCAAAGGUUAUCGCCGAGUCUUUUACCAAGGGAGCACGGACCACAGAGGAACCCCAGCGUUUCCCGGGAGAACGGUCACCUUGGAGCCAGCUCCAGGUGAUUUAUGUUGGGGUGUUGCUUACAAAGUUAAUGGAGAAGAUGAUGAACAUAUUGCAUUAACGUAUCUAGAAGUAAGGGAAAAGCAAUAUGACCAAAAGGUUUAUGUUGAUCUGUUUACUGAUCCAUCCUCUCCAAUUCCAGCUGUCAGUGGAGUUAUGGUAUAUGUAGCUUCAGCAGAUACAAAGGCCAACAAGAACUAUUUGGGACCAGCGCCAAUUGAAGAGAUAGCCAAACAAAUUAUUCAAGCAGAGGGACCAUCUGGAGCCAACCGAGAUUACCUAUUCCAAUUAGAAGCAGCUCUAAAUCAAUUAGGAUGCCCAGAUUUGCAUGUGAGGGAUGUGGCAAAUGCAGUUAGGCAAAUCCUAAAGGAAAUUAAGAUAGAGUCCUGAUAUUGUUGAGGAGUCUAACUUGG